GGUUCUUAUGAUUCUGAGGAGGGGUUCCAGAAACUAGACAAGGCAAUUUCGGAGCACGAAAUCUCGAAGAAUAGUACUGAAGGAUCUUCCAGGAGAUUGUUUUAACUUGCACUCCCGCCCUCAGUUUACCCCUCUGUGUGCAAGAUGAUCAGGACAUGUUGCAUGAACAAAUCUGAUCUUGGUGGAUGGACUAGAAUUGUGGUUGAGAAGCCAUUUGGCAAGGACUUGGAAUCUGCAGAGCAGCUGAGUUCCCAGAUUGGAGAGCUUUUUGACGAAUCACAAAUCUACCGUAUUGAUCACUAUCUUGGAAAGGAGUUGGUCCAAAACAUGUUGGUCCUCCGAUUUGCCAAUCGCUUGUUUUUGCCACUGUGGAACCGUGACAACAUCGAUAACGUGCAGAUUGUAUUCAGGGAAGAUUUUGGAACCGAAGGCCGUGGUGGAUAUUUUGAUGAAUAUGGAAUCAUCCGUGAUAUUAUUCAAAACCAUCUGCUCCAGGUUCUUUGCCUUGUUGCCAUGGAGAAACCAAUCUCUCUUAAACCUGAGCACAUCCGGGAUGAGAAAGUGAAGGUGCUUCAAUCAGUGCUUCCUAUAAAAGACGAAGAGGUGAUUCUUGGACAAUAUGAAGGGUAUAAGGAUGAUCCAACUGUCCCAGAUGACUCAAACACUCCAACAUUUGCCACAGUGGUUCUUCACAUACACAAUGAAAGAUGGGAAGGUGUUCCAUUUAUAAUAAAGGCCGGAAAGGCACUGAACUCGAGAAAGGCAGAGAUACGUGUUCAGUUCAAGGAUGCUCCGGGCGACAUAUUCAAAUGUCAGAAGCAAGGAAGGAACGAGUUUGUAAUACGAUUGCAGCCGUCAGAAGCCAUGUACAUGAAGUUGACGGUGAAGCAACCGGGUCUGGAGAUGUCAACUGUACAGAGUGAACUUGACCUGUCGUACGGACAACGUUACCAGGGAGUGUCGAUCCCCGAGGCAUAUGAACGCCUAAUUCUCGACACAAUCCGAGGGGAUCAACAGCAUUUUGUUCGCAGAGAUGAACUAAAGGUGGCAUGGGAGAUAUUCACUCCGUUGCUUCACAGAAUAGGUAAAGGGGAAAUGAAGCCAAUUGUGUACAAACCAGGAAGCCGAGGUCCAACAGAAGCCGAUGAGCUGCUUGAAAAAGCUGGUUACGUUCAGACCCAUGGCUACAUUUGGAUCCCUCCUACACUGUAAUACCCUUAUUCACACACACACACCACAUAUGCAUACCACACUUACGACCUAUAUAUAUAUAUAUAUAUAUAUAUGUGGGUAUGGGACAAGUUACAGCUUUUAUCCUUCUGAAUAGAUAAUGUUGUUGAGGGGUUCAGUCUAGGGAGUGUUCCUCGCAACUGUUCUGUCCGAAGGGCAAAGCAAAGCGGCUUUGUGUAUGUUUGGAC